AUGGCUGGAAAAGAGUACGAUUUCAUGCUCUUCGGUGCAACGGGGUAUACUGGUCGUCUAUGUGCUAAAUUCAUAGUCAAAAACUACAACACCAAUACCAGAUGGGCUGUGGCAGGGCGUUCUCCCGCAGCCCUUAAGCGUCUAGUUAGCGAUUUGGCCGUGUUGAAUCCGGAUCGGACACCACCAGGGGUCGUGACUUUUACCAAGCUGGACGAAGCCGAGAUUGGGCCUCUGGUCCAAAAAACUUGUGUCGUUAUCAACGGCAUUGGGCCAUUCCAUCGCUUUUCCACGCCGAUUGUAGCAGCGUGUGCUAAAUCUGGUACUCACUAUGUUGACUUUACCACCGAAACUCUGUGGAUGCGAGAUAUCAUAGACAAGUACGAGAAACUUGCUGUUGAAAGCGGCGCAGUUUUGAUACCGGGGAUAACUCCAGGGGGUCCACCCGACCUUCUUGCAUAUCUCAUCGCUUCUGAAAUUCUCACUAUCGAUGAUUCUGGCACUUCUGAGGUGAUCAGCGCGGGAAAACUAGAUAUUCAAGGCAUGAGUGGCGGUUCUGCCACAACGGUUCUGGAUUCCCUUGCGACAUGGGGUCCUUGGUGGUUUCUCUUUGGAAACUCAUGGAUACUGGCACCGCGGGCCACAGUCCCUUCAAAGAUCCCACGCCCACCGUUCAUGUCCUGGUUAUUCGGCUAUCGACAGGUAUCCGAGCUUGGAGGUGCUCUGACGACCUCUUUUGUUGGGAUAAACAACGAACCCAUCGUACACCGCAGUUGUGCAAAGAACCCAAAGCUCUAUGGGACGAAAUUUCACUUUAAGGAGUACCUCCCUGUGGGCAAGUCUAGGUGGAACUUCUUGUCAGCGGGUUUUGUUCACUUCUGUACUUACUUUGGAGUGCUUGUGAUCUCUAUCCCUCCAUUGAGAGCAUUGCUCCGAAUGUUGUUACCAGCUGCUGGGUUGGGCCCGGACAUUGCAGAAGCACGCGCUGGUGAAAGCGUCGUCUACCAUGCUGUUGGGAUACCGAGCAGUAGACAAGACAUGAGAGCGCAUGCGGUGUUCCAGCGACAAGGGAGCCUCUAUGAAUUCACCGCGCUGAUGGCGUGUGUGGCAGCGCGAGUCAUCCGUGAUAAGACUGCCAUUCGGGGGUUUCAAGGGGGUUUUUCCACGCCGUCGUCCCUAGGUAUGGAAUAUGUAGAAGCUCUAAGGGGUGCUGGUGUGGAGAUAGGCGUCAGUCUUGAGCCAUGUAAACUGCUGUAA